AUGGCGGAUUAUGAGUGCAGAGCAACUAAUGAGGCGCAUAUCCGGUUCUCCAGACUGAAAGAGCUUUAUGAGAACCACUUGGUGGCGGCUGCGGAGACCGAGGAGGAGGGUGAUGGACUUUUUGUUGAGUAUCAUCGUGGUUGCGCUCUGCGAUUUGGAUCAUCUCUUACUUCCACCGCAUCCACAACUAUGAUCCCUCUUACAUUGACGCCAUGCCCAAGGACAAAUAAUCCAUUGUAUAAACUUUGCAAAUUGCAUCCUCCAUAUAACUUAUUUUUCUUCACAAUUUCUCCACUUAUCAACAUGGUCGAAUUACAGUCACAACUCCAUUUUCUAUUUCUUCUUGUUCUAUCAAUCAAACUGUUUUCAUGUUCAGUCGAAUGUAUGCGAUUCGAUUUACCACCCGGACUCGCCAGAUGCCUCGGCGAAGAUGUAAAGAAGAAUUCCCUGACGGUCGGAAAUUACUCAAUCGUCAAUCACAAUCCCGGUCAUCCUUUGCCCGUUAACCACACCAUCCUUGUUACGGUAACUUCAAACAAAGGGACAGUGUCACAUCAUUAUGCAGAUCAUGUUCAAUCGGGGCAAUUUGCAAUUCAGGCACAUGAAAGUAGUGACUAUCUGGUUUGUGUAUGGGAUACAACAAAUGAUCCUCAAGUUUCACUUACUAUUGAUUUGGAUUGGAGAACUGGUGUGGCAGCCAAAGAUUGGUCAUACAUUGCAAAGAAAACAAACAUUGAUAAAAUGACAUUCGAGGUACAAAAAAUGCAACAAGCUGCCUUGUCUAUUAUGGAGGACAUGACUUAUCUUCUCGAACGAAAUACAGAAAUGUUGGUCCUCAACCGGAUAACCGACAAUAGAAUGUUGUUAUUGAUUUUCGUUUCACUUUUGGUCUCAUUCUCAGUAGCAGGAUUGCAACUUUGGCACUUGAAGACAUUUUUCAAGAAAAAUAAACUUCUAUAAACAUUUUGUUAUAGUUUAAUCAUACAAUUUUCUUAUGUACUCUAUAAAUUAUCUGUACAAUAUAUUGGUUUCGGUUUAGAGGAUAAGCAUAACGAGACAUCUAAUUUGAAUCAGAUU